GGUUGAGCAACCAGCGAGAGUUUGAAAUCCACGAAUGCAAAAUUUACGGCGUUUGAACUUUUGCUGAUGCAGAAAUGUCAUGUCAAGAGCCACCGUAUUUUCCUGAUUUAUUUGUAUAAAUGUAUAUUUUUUUUAUUUAAAUCCUUCGGUUUCGGUGCGACUGGAACACUUUUGGCUCCCCCUCGAUCUCCCCAUGGCGACGGCGAAGUCCCUCCUAGCCAACGGCGACACCGUAAAGGUUCCGUCUCCUGGCCGCCUUGCCUCUGUCUACAGCGAGGUGCAGACCAGCCGCCUCAAUCAUUCCCUCCCGCUCCCUUCCAUUCUCAAGGCCCCUUUCGAGCUCCUCGACGGCCCUCGUAGCUCCGCCGCCGGAAACCCAGACGAGAUCGCGAAGCUUUUUCCCAAUUUGUUUGGUCAGCCGUCGGCAAAACUGGUGCCGGCUGGCUCAGGUCGUUCAGAUUUGCCUGCCAGCCUGAAGAUUGGGGUUGUCUUGUCUGGUGGCCAGGCUCCAGGUGGACACAAUGUCAUAUCUGGGAUUUUCGAUUACUUACAGGAAAAGGUGAAGGGCAGCAUCCUGUAUGGAUUUAAAGGAGGUCCAGCAGGUAUUAUGAAGUGCAAGUAUGUGGAGCUGACUCAUAAUUUUGUUUAUCCUUACAGAAAUCAGGGUGGAUUUGACAUGAUCUGUAGUGGAAGGGACAAGAUUGAAACUCCAGAGCAGUUUAAGCAAGCUGAAGAUACUGUCACAAAGCUUGAUUUGGAUGGACUUGUUGUUAUUGGUGGAGAUGACUCCAAUACUAAUGCAUGCCUGCUCGCUGAAAAUUUUAGGCAAAAGAAAAUGAAAACUCGGGUUAUUGGAUGCCCCAAAACAAUUGACGGAGAUCUUAAAUCCAAGGAGGUUCCUGCAAGUUUUGGAUUUGAUACUGCAUGCAAGAUCUACUCUGAAAUGAUUGGAAACGUAAUGAUAGAUGCACGCUCUACUGGCAAAUAUUACCAUUUUGUGCGGUUGAUGGGUCGUGCUGCUUCUCAUAUAACACUAGAAUGUGCGUUGCAAACACAUCCUAACAUUGCCAUCAUUGGUGAAGAGGUGGCUGCUAAGAAACAAACACUUAAGAAUGUUACAGAUUACAUUACUGAUAUUAUCUGCAAGCGGGCAGAACUUGGCUACAAUUAUGGUGUCAUACUUAUUCCUGAAGGAUUGAUUGAUUUUAUUCCUGAGGUUCAACAACUUAUUGCUGAACUAAAUGAAAUCCUAGCUCAUGAUGUAGUUGAUGCUGAGGGGUUGUGGAAAAAUAAACUUCAACAACAAUCGAAAAUUCUCUUUGAAUUUCUGCCCCAGCAAAUCCAAGAGCAACUCUUGUUGGAAAGAGAUCCGCAUGGAAAUGUACAGGUUGCCAAAAUUGAAACUGAGAAAAUGCUUAUCUCCAUGGUUGAAACUGAGUUGCAGAAAAGAAAAUUGGAGGAUAAAUAUGCUAGAAAUUUUAAAGGACAGUCCCACUUUUUUGGAUAUGAAGGAAGAUGUGGCUUGCCGACAAAUUUUGAUGCCAACUAUUGCUAUGCAUUGGGUUAUGCUGCAGGAGCCCUGUUACAUUCUGGAAAGACAGGGCUCAUUUCCUCAGUUGGUAAUUUAAAUGCUCCUGUUGAUGAAUGGACCGUUGGUGGAACUGCAUUGACUUCAUUGAUGGAUGUAGAGAGAAGACAUGGUAAGUUCAAGCCAGUGAUCAAGAAGGCCAUGGUCGAACUCGAUGGUGCCCCUUUUGGCAAGUUUGCAGCCCUGCGAGAUGAGUGGGCUAUCAAGAACAGAUACAUCAGCCCUGGCCCCAUUCAAUUUAUUGGUCCGGGAUCAAACGAUGUCAACCACACCCUGCUUUUGGAACUUGGAGCCCAGGCUUAGACGACGCGUCUGAAAUUGACUUUAAGAUCACACCCUCAGUCAACCACAAACUUGGUAUUUUCUCUUGCAUUUCCCUCUUGUCCCAGGGCCAGAAGGCGAAUAAAAAAUUUGUUUUAGAAAUAUGCUGAGUCGGCAGAUGCGAUGUCUCAACAUUGAAUUUGAUAUGUAUGAUACUUGUGGACAUCUUUGUGAAAGGGUUUCCAUCACACCCUCUAAUCUAUACGGUUGAAGUGUA